AUGGGAAUUUUCAUUCAUGAUCUUCCAAAUCACUACCCAGAAACACAACAAGUUUACUCUGUAAUCAUAGACGAUGAUCGAAUCAGAACAGUCGUCACUAAGUAUUCUUCAACAGUUGAUCAUUGGAUUAGCAGGAUUAACAGUGAUUACAAUGGAGUACUAGAUCAUUUUAUCGUUGGUCUUGAUGUAGAAUGGAGACCUGCUUAUGGACGUUACAGAAAUCCAGUAGCAACAUUACAACUCUGUGUUGGUCGUAGAUGUUUGAUUUUCCAAAUCAAACAUGCAGAUGAAAUCCCUUUUUCUCUUGUUGAGUUUCUCGGAGACCCUGAUUUUACAUUUAUUGGGGUUGGGAUCGAUGAAGAUGUUAAGAAACUUGAUGAUGAUUAUGACUUAGAAGUUGAGGUUGUUGUUGAUCUUAGGUAUUUGGCUGCUGAUAGGUAUAAUUCGAAGGCACUCAAGAAUGCUGGGUUGAUGGAAUUGGCUGGAAUUGUAUCAAAAUAA